GGCAUAGGCGCACAUCUCAGCUCUCGACUGUCGACUCUCGGCUCUCAGCUGUCUCAGCCUGUCCACGAUUUCAAGCUCUCGAAAACUCGAAGCGAAGCGUCACUGUUGAGAGGCCAGUGACAGGUUGUGGAACUCGUUUCAUAUACGUCGAUCGCUCCUAAAUACAAGUACAACAACCAAGCAAAGAGUUUGUGCAAUUGCCAAAGAAAUUGUUUCUCAAAAGUGUGUAAAUUAAAAUCGAUAAAUCUCUUAUAUUAAACUAAAAAUAAACGCCAAACUACGAAAUGAUAAACAUGAGGAGAAACACAUGUGACUGGUGACCUUUUUUGGUCCGGUAGUGUCAAGUGACGCGUCAAAGUGACCCGUGGACGGACCCGUGUCCAUGUCGAAACCCGUACCCUUAUCCGUCGUACGCCAUCGAAUCUGGAUCUGGUGUCCAGCAUCAUAGGACAUCUGUUUUGCUCGGUCGCGAACAUUUGUGUCCGAUUUGUCGAGUCAAAGUCAAUAAAACAAAAAAAAAAGAAAAUAAGUAAAAAAAUGAAGUAAAAGAAUAAAGCGCAAAGUCACACAAAACAAACAAAACAUUUUCCGGCUCCGGCGACAUUAACAGAACUGCUCGACAUCGACAAUUUGUUUUAUCAAUUUUCAACAAGGCCAACAGCAACAGCAACAACAACAACAACAACAAUAGCACAGCAGCCAAACAAACCAACAAACAACAAAAGCGCCCAGAGUGCUUAGCCGCGCUCGCGUCGAGCACGCACGCCAGCAACAACAACAACAACAACGUCUCCGUUUCUUCAUUCACAUCCAUAUCCGCAACCGAAACCACCUUCAACUCCACCCACUCCUUGCCGAGCAGCAGUAACACUCCCAAUCCUCUCAGCAUCCCACAACAGCAUCCACAUUCACAUCUACAAACCAGCAAAAUAUCCUUGCAGGGCACGGGCACCCCACAGUGAGCACUCACACUUGUGUGACCUGCCGUUGCCCUGUGCCAUUGUCAUUGCCGUUAACGUGGCUAUUGCCGUUAACGUGGCCAGCGAAGAAUCGGAGAAUACGCGACAAUGGCUGCAUAUGCGCAGUUUGGAUAUGGUUACCCGUCGGCAAAUCAGUUACUUGGCGGUACGGCAGCUACAACUGGCGACAGUCAGAGCGGACAUGGCGGGGGAUCGGUGCCAUCGCCUUUGUCGGGCACCAACGAGGCCUCGUUGAGUCCCUCGGGCGGCUCGACCACUACAGGCAUCACCGGUCCCGUUAGUCCAGGUGCAAUUUCUCAGUCGUCUAACAAUGCGGGUGCAACAGUUGUAGGCGCAGCCGGAGCUGCGACCACAUCACCGACGGACGCCGAUGCAGUUGGCAACGAUGUGAGCGGCGCCACAGAAGCAGAUGCUCCUGGCGGUGUCAGUGCUCUGGAGGCCCAUGUGCGUGUGGCCAACAACAUGUCCUGCUGCGAAAACGGACGUCCGAUCAUCACGGAUCCCGUCUCGGGACACACGGUCUGCUCCUGCCAAUACGAUUCGGCGCGUCUAACGCUUGGAGGAUAUUCCCGCAUGGCAUUACCCUCGGCUGGCGUGGGCGUCUAUGGCGGACCUUACCCCUCCAAUGAACAGAAUCCCUAUCCGAGCAUCGGUGUCGACAACUCAGCCUUCUACUCGCCUCUGAAUAAUCCCUAUGGCAUGAAGGAUGCCAGCUCAGGGUCCGAGAUGAACGCCUGGACCUCAGCUGGCCUACAAUCGACUAGCGGAUACUAUUCCUACGAUCCCACUCUGGCGGCCUAUGGAUAUGGCCCCAACUACGAUCUCGCCUCACGCCGCAAAAAUGCCACGCGCGAAUCAACGGCCACAUUGAAGGCGUGGCUGAGUGAGCACAAGAAGAAUCCGUAUCCAACAAAGGGCGAGAAAAUCAUGUUGGCCAUCAUCACAAAGAUGACACUCACCCAGGUGUCCACGUGGUUUGCGAAUGCCCGUCGACGUCUGAAAAAGGAGAACAAGAUGACAUGGGAGCCGAAAAACAAAACGGAAGACGAUGACGACGGAAUGAUGUCGGAUGACGAAAAGGAUAAGGAAUCCGGCGAUGGCUCAAAGUUGCCAGUUGCCAGUGACACAUUUGAUCCUGGAAAUCAACGUAUUAAAUCCGAGAUGUCCAAGUCGGACAAGGAGCUGGAAAUUGAGGAGAAGCUGGAGCGUGAGCCGCAGAAUUUGUUGGCCAUACGAGGGUUGCCACCCUAUGGGGCAGCUAGCUUUAGUCCGCAUCCCUCGCAUGCCUACAGUCCCUACGCCCAUGCCCAUGCCCACGCCCACGCCCAUGCACAGCACCAACAGCAGCAGCAGCAGCAGCAGCAACAGCAACAACAACAGCAGCAGGAACAGCAGCAGCAACAACAACAACAUCAACAGUCAGCGGCCAUAUAUUAUAAUCCUGGCUACGGGCUGGGUCAAGGCCAAGACGCAGGCAAUGGAAGUGGCAAUGGAAGUGGUAGUGUCAGUGUUAGUGUCAGUGACUAUGCCCUUCAAAAAAACCAGCUGAGCAGAGACUGUGGCAUACCGGUGCCGGCGAGCAAGCCCAAAAUCUGGAGUGUGGCCGACACAGUCGCCUGCAAGACACCGCCGCCUGCGGCAUAUCACGGCCAGAACUUUUACCCCCAGCCCCAGUCGCAGUCGCAGCCCCAGUCGCAGUCGCAGUCCCAGCAACAGGUGGCCGAUACCUCCCCAUCGACACCACAGCAACAUACGGAACAGCAGCAGCAGCAUCAUCAAUCCCUAGCGAACAACAUGACUAUGGGGCCGCAAGUCGAGCUAGGUUCGCCGCUGAGUAUGAUGAGCAGUUACGCCGCCGCAUCGCCAUAUUCGCGGAUACCUACGGUGUACACCGAGGCCAUGGGCAUGCAUAUCAAUUCCAAGACAUCCACUAUCCAUAUGCAUCGCGAUCUAUCCCAUAUGAGUUCGACACAAGCGCCUCCCUAUCUGCCACCCAAUCUGCAAUCGCAUCAGCAGAGGGUGGGGUUUUCCGAGAUUCAGCCCGAUACCCCGCCACAGACACCGCCAAACAUGAAGUUGAUCAGUCACAUCAGCAACAACACCAACAACAUCAACAACAUCAACAGCAUCAACAACAUCAACAGCAACAACAACAACUCCAGCAUCAGCAGCAGCAACAACAGCAACAGCGGCAGCAACAACAGCAACAGCUCUACACUGCAUUCCGGAGUCGGAACGGUGGCGGUACCGGGCUCGAUAUCGAUACCAGUAACAUCCAUGGGUUCAAUGCUUUACAAUAAUAACAUCUAUGGCAACUAUCUGACAAGCGGUCGCUCCAACUCGUAAGACCUUACACUAUGAGUGACCAAUUGGGGCUUCGAUAACGAUAACGAUACCAAGAACGGCUCCAACUUGUAAGGCUUCCAAUUUAAAAGGAAUGCCCAUACCAAAUACCAAAUUGAAUAACCAGGCCCAAGGGGAACAAGUGCAAAAUUCGCCGGCAUCACGUACAGAAAGAGAAAGAGACAGAGACAGAGAUAGAAUGACAGAUUAAGAGAUGGGAGAUGCCAACGAUAACGAUAACGAUAACAGUAACUAACACUAAUUAUUUUGCAAUAAAUGUAGCUUAAGUACGGCAAUAAAACUUUAUUUCCUACCA